AUGGUGGAGAUGGGAGUGAAAGGGAAGAUUCUUUCUGAAGUGAAUACUGGCGCGUCACUAUCUAUUAUAGACGAGAAGACGUGGCACAUUUCCAAGGGAAGUACCAAUCCACCGGUCGAGUUCGCCGGAAUGAGGCGUCGGGGUCUACAUGUCUUUAAGGAGGCGAGUCACUCCUUAUGUGGAAGAGACAUGAUUAGGAAACUUCGAAUAGAUUGUGGACCACAUUAUGGGAAGGUUCACGAGGUAAAACGGAUGCCCCAAGUAGAAAUCAAAAGAGAAAUAGUGCGUAUAUUGGGUAAAAACAAAAAGCUAUUUCAAGAAGGUUUGUGCAGAUCUACAACUGCACGAGCAGAGCUCAAGUUCAAGGGCGAAGUGCAUAACGAAUGGGUAACAACACUAGUUGCCCCCAAACCUGGUGGAAAAAUACGAAUCUGUGGCGAUUAUAAAGGUCACAAUGAACCCGCAACUAGAUAUUAA